CAGUCGGCUGGUCCCGGUAAUUGAAUAAUAAGAUUCCUAAGAAGCAGAUAAAAGGUUUGGAGGUAAUUACUGCAGUGUAACCUCUCCCUCCUUCCUGCCUGCGUUCCUCAGGGAGGUUUUAUGCACUUUGAGAUUCCUCCUCUCUCUUCUGGCGUAUUUAUGGAUUGAAAAACAAAUUUAAAACACAAUGUGGACAACAGGGGUUCAAACAGAAAUGUGCAGAUGGAUGUAGUGAGAGAUCACAAAGACAGAUCCAAAGGGAACGCGCCUACGCUCCAUGUGCAGAUGUAACGUGAGAACCGAUGUCCUGUAUAAAUAAUCUUUAUUUGAAUACACCUUCACCACGCAGGUGGAUUAGAAUAGUUUUAAAGACGUGUUAAAUGAACAAGGAUCCCGUUUAUUUACUCAUCUAAGCCUUGUAUUGGAUUAAGAUCUAGUCUGUUUGUUUAAGUAGUCCUUUAAUUAAAGGCCUCUUUGGAACUGGAGGGUUUGUGAGCUCCUCUCAAGGACAAUGUUUUGUCAGGUAAUGCAACAGGAUUAUUGACAUGAACCAGAGGUGCGGUUUUAUUUUCAUAUUUAAGGAACUACUUCCCUAUUUCCCUGUGGAGAUAUUGCGAGUAAAUUUGACAUUUGACACAUUCAUCCUGCUACAAACACGUAUUUUAAUGGGCUUCUUGUGACACAUGCAACAUGGUUUAACAAUAGUGGAGCUAACAUUAGCAGAGUGCGUUAGCACAUCCUUAUAGCAUGAGCACUGCUAAGCUAGGCUAGCUCCUGAAGGUGCGUUUCACUGGUUGGUGACGAUCAGGUGACGCGGCGGUUCACCUUCACUCGUUUCCUCUUCAUCAGGUGGACAUUAGUCCUUUAAACGGAUUCUGGCGCCGCUCUUUCUAAAAGUCUGAUGUUUCUUCAGGGAGGCCUGUGGGUGGAUGCGUGGGCUCCGUGGUGACGUAGCUCUGACAGUUGGGUGGAGCGCAAUCUAAUUUCAGACAUGUGGGAUGGAAGUUUUGAUCCGUGCAAAGAAGACAAAGUGGAACACCGCCUCGUUGCUCCUGGAGGUCUCCAUAAUAAAUGUGUGAAUGCAGUGGGGAGGGAGGGGGGAGGGGGAUUCACGCAGAGCGACUCUAUUUCUGCUGCAAGAGGGACGAAGACUAAGUGGGAAGGAGCUGAGGAGAGAGAGAGAGACAGAAGACGAUGAGAUCGAGUGAUUGAGUCCAAGAAAGAGGAUAGCUCAGUAUUCUACACCAUCUCUGCACCCACAUGGGGGGGUGGGUGGUAUCACAUGAGAGGGAGGAAAGUGGAGAGCAAGGUGAAGGGAGGGAGCACGAGAGGACUAAGAGAGAGACGUGUCUCACCUGUUUGUGCCAUAUAAUCGUGUGUGUGUUGGACUCUGCAGCAUUCUGCGUCUACCUCCUCGCCGUUUGACCUUCCUCAGUCAGCAGGCAGAGAGAGACUGCAGAGGGAGGGGGGGGGGGAGGGAGUGUCCACAGUGGUAAGUGGGCUAGUUGCAUUGUGACCAGUUUAGUGGCUCAGGGACCCGACUCCUCGGCUCUUUGUGAAAUGACUUCUUGAGAUUUCUUUGUUGCUUUUGAAUCCUCUGGGACGAUGGCGCUGUCGGACACUCCCCGGGGGGGCUCUGCGCGUGCUCCCCCCGGUGGGGGGCACCUGAGGACAGGGGAGGCUACAGCGGGUGAGGGGAUAAGAACUGGGGAGAGAGACCCCCCGCUGAGGCUGUCCUCUUUCCGCAUGCUCCGGGCGCUGGACUCGUGCCGUCCUCCGGGAAACCAGAUCGGCAUCGUGCACGAGAACGUGAAGAUGGGAUCAGACGGGGAGAGCGACCAGGCGUCCGGGACGUCCUCCGAUGAGGUCCAGAGUCCAGUGAGGGUCCGAAUGAGGAACAACCACCACCGCCGCAUCUCCAACGAGGACAUAAACAAACGUCUGUCCCUCCCCGCUGAUAUCCGGCUACCGGAGGGCUACCUGGAGAAGUUUGCCAUGAACAGCCCACCCUUUGACAAACCCAUGAGCCGCAGGCUACGGCGCGCUUCACUGUCCGAAAUUGGCUUUGGGAAGCUCGAGACCUACAUCAAACUGGACAAACUGGGAGAGGGGACGUACGCCACGGUGUUCAAGGGGCGGAGCAAGUUGACUGACAACUUGGUUGCUCUGAAGGAGAUCCGGCUGGAGCACGAGGAGGGGGCGCCCUGCACUGCCAUCAGAGAAGUGUCUCUGCUGAAAGACCUGAAGCACGCCAACAUCGUCACCCUCCAUGACAUCAUCCACACGGACAAGUGCCUCACGCUGGUGUUCGAGUACCUGGAGAAGGACCUGAAGCAGUACAUGGAUGACUGCGGGAGCAUCAUGAGCGUUCACAAUGUGAAGAUCUUCCUCUUCCAGCUUUUACGAGGUCUGGCCUACUGCCACAGAAGAAAGGUUCUCCACAGAGACCUCAAGCCCCAGAACCUGCUCAUCAACGAGAAAGGAGAACUCAAACUGGCCGACUUUGGUUUGGCUCGAGCCAAGUCGGUUCCUACGAAGACGUACUCCAACGAGGUGGUGACUCUGUGGUACCGGCCUCCUGACGUGCUGCUGGGCUCCACCGAGUACUCCACGCCCAUCGACAUGUGGGGGGUCGGCUGCAUCUUCUACGAGAUGAUCACUGGCAGACCUCUGUUCCCCGGCUCCACUGUGGAGGACGAGCUUCACCUCAUCUUCCGCAUCCUCGGGACGCCCACAGAGGACACGUGGCCCGGCAUCACCACCAGUGAAGAGUUCAAGACGUACAACUUCCCCCGAUACCGCGCCGAGCCGCUCGUCAACCACGCGCCCAGGAUAGACAACGAGGGACACGACUUGCUCUCCGUGCUUCUACAGUUUGAGGCCAAAAAGCGAGUCUCAGCCGAAGAAGCUCUCACACACUCGUACUUCAAAUGCUUCGGGGAGCAGGUCCAAACACUGACUGACACUGCCUCCAUCUUCUCUGUGAAAGGCAUUCAGCUCCAGAAGGACCCGGGGAAGAGAUCCUCCGUCUACCCAGAGUCCACGACGGCCCAUAAACUGGGUUCGGCGCCCUCGCAGUACUUCCAGAGAGAAGCGGCCAAUCCCAGGGCUCAGAGUCUCAAUGUGUCCUCCACGUCCACAGGCUGAGUGUCCUCACGCGCUGCCCAGGGGAAGAGCAGGAGGCAGAGUGUGUUGUUUUAGUGCUGGCGGCGGUGCUGAGGUGAGGGAGGACAUGGACACGUCAAGACAAACAGUCACUGAGGCUGCCGCGCACACACACACACACACACACACACACACACAUAGUAACAUGGAAGCAAAACACCGAAGUUAGGAUGAACCAUUCAUACUUGACAGCGACUGUAAAGACAGAAAAGAAGGAAUAAAGUGCGGAGAAGAAGGUGGGAGAGCUGAGGAUUCUCCUUGCUGCUACGUCUGUCCACCAGGAGGCGGCGCUGAGGACUUAGGGAACAGAACUUGCUGCAUCAGCGAGUUGUGAGGAAGAAGAAGAAGAAGACCUGCCCCGUUCUCUUGAGCCCCCCCCCGGACUGUUGUUGUACAUAAAGAGACUGAGCUGUAGAAGCCUGCUUUUUCCGAAUAUUGCACCUGAACCCUGAACCUCUCUUUGUGGAUCUUUAAAACAACAAAGGCACACAAACUCACGUCACCACACAAGGACACACAUAAAAGUCACUUGAAAGUUAUGAGUGUGUAGAUCAACAGAGUUUAGGGGAAAAAACGUAGCACCUUAUUGUUGUCCAGUAAGAUCAGAGGUCGUUACCUCAUCCAUCACUCAAGCAGACAGGAAGUAGAAAACCUGCUAGAUAAGUGAAGAAGAAUCAAAACAACAAACCAAAAAACAACAACCCACUAAACGUGAAGGACGUGUUUACACUCUUAGAAAUAAAGAUGCUAACUAGAGCCACACAUGUUUUUUUGUGCUCAUCAGAGAACCCUUCUUGGUUCCUGCUAGAAGUGUUAUACCUAGAACCAUCUGUGUGAGGAUCCACCCAUAACCAUGGAUGGGAGGUUCUAACCCCUCUGUAUGUGUGAUGACCCAGAACACACUCUGGACGUUCUCUCCAGAUCUCUUCCUUCUUUCUAAGGUUUCUAACAAGAACCCAGGUGGGGGGUCCUACUCGUACCUUUUAUAUUCCCAGGUCUCCGCGAUAGUCGACCAGAGACUUCUUUUACAUUUAUAGGGUUCUACCAAGAACCUUUAAUAUUCCAUGGAUUUAUUUCGGGGACCCUUUAUCUUCCAAUGUUUUAACUAAAACCCCAAAAGGCUGAUGUGGAGUUCAGUUCAAUCCUGGUUCUCAAUCAGUUUUUUGGGAGUUCCUUCAAACAAUGCUUAGAGAGCUCGUUCUUCCUAAAGGGGUUCUCUCGCAUUAAAAGGCUCUCAUGGAGCAGCCGUGUUGUUCAUCAAUAAUGUGUUCAUCAGUUUCACCAUAUAUUCAUUGUUUUAUUUCAGUAGUGUAGAAUUUCCGUAGCAGUUAUCCUUAUGAGUGUUUAGGAAGGACGUCUGUUCCCUCAAUAGAGGCUGAGAUGUACUGUUCAACCCUCUCAAAAACAGAACCCGUUUGAAACCCUGUAUCUCUAAGAGUGUUCCUUCACCGAUGACGUUAGACACCACACUUCAGUUCCAGGACAACGUCUCGUGCUCCCUCGCCGUGAGGGUGGCGAGAUGAAGGGAUGAACCCUCAGUUGUCCUUGGACUCGGUUCCUCUUUGGCCUUUUGGUGUCAAUGUUGAAUUCUUACCUCUUUAGACCAAUGGCCAACUCUCCCCGACCCUUUCAAGCUCACUCAUUAUUUUUUACUUUUCUGUAUAUACGUUUUCCUUGAAGCAAUGAUAUUUCCAGGAUGCUGUUUUUGAUCUUUACUGUGUUCCCAUGGAGGGGGGGGGGGGGCGUGUUGCACAUUCCUUGAGCUCAGGACUUAUUGCUGGUGUCGUUUUGUGGUUUGCCGUGAGGUUCAUGCUGGUCUUCAUCCAGUCUCCCCACCAGAGCGAAGGGUGCGAUCCUAAAACCCUUUUUGCGAAGCUGAUUUAAAAAGAAAAAAACAUUCUAAGCGUCAACCUGUCACACUUCGUAUCAUGUCGUUCACUUCGUUCAUUUGGCCAUUUGGCCUCGCUGUUCAACCAUAACCAUUGUCUUUACGUGUGUUCUUCUCUCAGCAUGUUUGUGUAUUAAAAACUGUUGGUGUGAAAUAGCUGCUCCUGGAAAAAAAUGAAUACCUCCAGUUGCUUUAAAUUGUGCAUGAGACGUGAGGUAUUACAUUUAUUUUUCCAACAAACAUCACAUUGACCUUCGAUGAGUCGAUACAUAGAAAUUAAAUCAGAUUGGAGAGGACCUUCUGAUUUGAAUCACGCAGCAGGAUGGUCAGUGGCGGCCAUUUUAAUGUGCAGUGUUGCCAUUAAUGAACGAGGUGACACGUAAAGCACACUCUUUAACUGCAUACAGCUCCACAGCUUGCUCUCUCCAGCUCAGAUUAAAGGCUACACUGGUGAAAGAUGAAAGGGACGACCAUCCCUCCGCGUCCUAAAUAGUUAGCUAGCUAGCUAAUCCUACCAGGCUACGGUCGAGCAGAGAACAAGCUACUUAGCUAACUAGUGGACAGCUGGAUACUUGGCUAGCUCGCUAAUUGCUCCGAGCUUUACUGCCACACUGGUUACAGAAAACGAGAGGAACAAGAAGACUAGCUAAACUAGCUAACUAGCCAGCCAUCUGUCUCUCUGGAGUUGUGGGUAACUGUUAGCAGGCUACGCUAACACUUAACAGACAUAACAACGGUAAACAUGGCCAUACUCAACGUGUAACGUAACGGUCUCCUGACCUGGACAGUUUUUAGCUAACUUUUCGUUAAAACUAUUGAUAAUAAUAAUUGUGUAAUGUUUUCAGGUUAUUUAACUGUGUUAGUGUAGGCGUUAGCUCCUUAACGUUUGAGCCAAAUACUGUUUAAAUUAGUAAAGUAAAAAUGAUCUUAACCAGAGUCUGUAAAAGGACGUUAAUGCCAUGACCCGGACAGACAGCCAUCGUCAUUGUUAAAAUUGUCUUUCGCGAAGAUUAAAUAUUGUUUAUAGGGUCGACAAGAUUACCAUCAAUGCUGACAACAUAUCCAGGAACCGAAUUGUGGCCUUUUAGAUUUCCCGCCUCAACAUCUCCAAAAGGAGCAAUCAAGGCUCUUUCGUCAUCGCCGACCAUCGCCCGAGUAAAUUUCUUGCAGUAGACUGUAAACAUAUAUAUAAUCAUGAGAUUUGACGCGUAGAUUUGUUGACAUGUAUAAAUUAACAUCACUUAUGUUUCUCGGGCGAUCAACAAAAAAACAGCGUCAGAUUACGAGUGUCCGGGUCAUGGCAAUAUUAGCUCCCGCUGUCCGGGUCAGGAGAUCAGUCACUAGCAUAAUGACCACUAUAAACCCUCCAAUGUCCACCUGGCUGCUAUGAACCGUGUAACUGUACUCAAGUUAAUGACAACACCGUGCUCCACGAUAGCAUGUGCUGCCGCCUCGGGACCAGACGUGGAGGUGUGCGCUGAAUUAGUAACUCAAUAACUGAGUGUGUUACAGGACUCGAGGACUCGAGGCACUCAAGACGCUCUGUUGUUUCCUGUUCAGAUCCUUACCGGCUGAUCAAUCAAUGAUCAAUCCUCCAAGCACCCGGUUGUUCAAGCACACAACUGCUUCACACACCAAUCAUGUACUGUAUCUUAGGAGAUGGCCUGCGAGUUUCCUCGUUCCUCAGGCCGAGGCCGUAUGUAGCGUGUACAUAGACGAGGCCUCACUCUGUAUAUAUCCAAAGUGUAAAGGUUUGAUACAGCUAUUCACACUCGGGCUUUUUAUUUCUCUUUAAUGAAAGUCAUAUAUUCAAGCAAUAUUUCUGUUACUAAAAAAGGCACAGUGAUAUGAUGAUUUGAUUUUGUUUCUUCGGAGAGGGAGAAAUGACUGUGAAUGAUCAAACUGUGAGACUUGACUAAAGCGGUGACAGGUUGUUGUUUUUCUCCUCUCUGUUAUGGAUCCAAAAGGCUGGAGUGAAGUACAUUGUAAAUGAGUAUAACACACUGAUUAUUUUUUAUCAAUGAAAGCCAUAAAGGGAGCGGGGUCUGUUUGUGUUGGAGGGGUGCACCAUGUUUGAGCGCAGACCUUUUAAGAAGCAAAUGGGAUGUGAACACCUAAUAAAACAAAUUAAAAUCA